AGGCGGAGCCCGGCGGGAGAGGCACGGGCCGCGGCGGAGCCGAGCGCAGAGAAGCGGUAGUCGGCGGACUCCAGCCGGCCGCCCCGCAGCCCCCUCCGGACGGAGCGCGCAGAGCCGGCCGAGCCCACAGCCCGCGUCGGCAGCAUGGGGCGCGCGGCGCUGUGGCCCUGGGCGUGCGCGCUGGCAUUGUGCCUGCGGCCGGCCCUGGCGCAAGUGGUGGCCACAAACCUGCCUCCCGAGGACCAGGACGGCUCCGGGGACGACUCUGACACCUUCUCGGGCUCAGGCGCAGGUGCUUUGCAGGACAUCGCCGCGUCCCCGCAGGCCCCCGCCACCGGGAAGGACACGUGGCUGCUGUCCGUCAUGCCCACGGUGCCGGAGCCUGGCGGCAGGGAGGCUACAGCCAGCUCCACCCCCGUCCUGCCGGCUGGAGAGAGGCAGGAGGAGGGAGAGGCGGCCGUGCCCAUGGGGGCCAGGCCCGACCUCACCGCCCGGGAGGAGGGGGGGGAGCCCAAGCCCAGGGAGCCCACACAGCUCCCCGGCACCCAGAGGGCCCAGGCGCCCACCUCCCCCCACGCCCCCAGGGAUGUGCACCCCGGCCUCGCCGAGGGCACAGCUCCUGCAGCGUCAGGCCAGCCUGACGGCCUUGCUCCCAGCGCGGAGGGUGCAGGCCCUUCCGCCACCGAGAGCACCGAGGACGGAGCCCCCAGCCAGCUGCCGGCCGGAGAGGGCUCUGGCGAGCAGGACUUCACCUUUGACUCGUCCGGGGAGAACGUGGCCGUGGCCGCAGUGGAUCUGGAUGACCGGAGUGAGCCCCCCGUGGGUCAGGGGGCCUCGCAGGGCCUCCUGGGCAGGAAGGAGGUGCUGGGAGGGGUCAUCGCCGGAGGCGUCGUGGGGCUCGUCUUUGCCGUGUGCCUGGUGGGCUUCAUGCUGUACCGGAUGAAGAAGAAGGACGAGGGUAGCUACUCCCUGGAGGAGCCCAAGCAAGCCAAUGGUGGCGCCUACCAGAAGCCCACCAAGCAGGAGGAGUUCUAUGCCUGAGGGCCGGCGCUCCUCCCCUGCCCCUGCCACUCACUAGGCCCCCACUUGCCUCUUCACGAAGAACUGCAGGCCUGGCCUCCCUGCCACCAGCCACCCGGCAUGGCCCUCUGGGUGCCCCUGCUACGCCGUUCCGGGGGUGCCGGGGGCCCACUCUGCUUCUCUGAUCUCCACCUGGAGCCCACUUGGGCGCAAGGGGUUUCCCGCACUCGCACACGGCCUUUCCACCACAGCCCCGCCUGGCGCCCUGCCAUUCUGACUCAGUUUCUCCAAACUGGAGUGGCCCUUCCCAGACAGCCUCGGUGAAAAAGGGGACCCCGCUGCUUUGGACCUGGAGGGCCCACUGUGGCCGAAGACCCUGGGGAGGGCCGCUCGGCCGGCCCCGUAGCACUUCCUGUACAGAUGUAGGCCGGGACUGCCUCAGAAUUCACUUCCGCCGUGGGGAGGUCUGUUCUAGGCGCCACCUUGUUUCUGCACCUGUUUCCUCUAGCUCUCUGCUCGUAGGGCCUUCGUAGGUAGACUCCAUUGCUCCCCAGGUAGGUUGGGCCAGGUGAUUUGGGGUCCCCGUCUUGCUAACCUAACCUGUGUCAGGAGAGAGCAUCAGGGUUAAGAAGACUCGGUUUAUGUUUCUAUUUUAAACGAGGAGAACCAAACCCGGAGCCAAGCACAGGGUAUUUUGUGCGUCGUCUCUGAGUUCGUCACGCACACGUGCAGCAGGGUCUGGCUGUCUGCGUGACGGCCCAGCAGCCGCUGGCCAGUCCAGGCACUGCGCAGCCUCCUCUGGGCAGCCCUGCCUGUGUCCACGGCGGUGGGCCAGGUCGCCAGCGCUCAGGCUGGGGCUGCAGGAGAGAGGCCUAGGGUGGGCUGGCGGGGGGGCCAGGCACUCGCCUGCCUUUGGGCUCCUCUCUAGGGACACUUUCCCUGGAAGCUGACAGGAGGCGUCAGGGGCACAGCUGCAGCUGGCUCCUGCAUCCAGAACCAAGCUCUCAUUGGGCUCCCGCAGCAGCUGCUGGGCCGGAGUCAGGAACGUUUUCCAAAGAGCGAUAGCCUUUUGCUGUUAGCAAAACUCUCCCUAAUCCAGUGGGUUUCCCUGUACGGUAGACUGUGCAAAGGUAGCAAACGCUAAUGUAAAGGGGCCUGUGAGCUCUGCCGCCUCGCCCUCCCCAGGCUGUUGUGUGGACGUGCGCAGCCUCUCCGAACACUGGUGGCUUGGGAAAGCUUGCCAGAGGCUUUGUGCCUUGUCUCUCCCUCUCCCGAGGGGAUGGGCUCUGGUCCGGAGUCCCUCUGGUUUAGGGUUUGUGUUUUGCCUUGCCCGAAAUCCUCCUGCGGGGCCUGUGUGGGGCCAGGCGUCUUGGGCGGGUCGCUGCACUCAGCCUACAUGGCCCUCACACCUGAGGCCGGCCCCAACACCUGCAGGGGUCCGAGCCUGGCCCGGGCCCUGGGAUAGCCUGUCCUCCCUUAUUUAACUCGACAAUGUUCCAGCUGCUGUCGGCCGCUCCUGGAGGUGAGCUGUCCCAGGCUCCGAGACGCGCCUCCGCGAGGGAAGCUGUGCCCUGCUCAUCCUGGACUCUGCCAAGUGUCCGACUGCACGUGGCCCAGGGUGGGAUGCUGCCCACGCCCCUGGCCGGGCCCACUCGUGUAACUGCAAUAAACGAUACCUGUCCUUGUGGACAGCAGAA